UUUUUUUUUUUUUUUUUUUUUUUGCAUACAUGAAAGAGAGUUCUUCACCUGCUCGUCCUAGUCUCGAGCAUGCAAGCAGUAGUACAACACCCACUCGGUCUACCAUUCGAAGCAAGUCAAAAGAAGAAAUAGAGAAACUAGCAAAACAAUCACUAGACUCAUCUCAUCUCAAAAGAAAAUAUACCCCAUCUCCUCUCUUUUCACCACCUCGGUUCUCUCGCACAGAUACAUUUGAAAGUGACUACGAUAGAGACAAUCCCAACCGUUGGACAAAGCGUCAAUGGAAAAAACUAGAAGAGUAUUAUCUAUUAAAGAAUCGUGACUAUGAGAAAGCAGCCAAUACAUUUUACUUUCGAGAAUCUCUUAUUACAAUGAACUUACCGUCUUCACAAGACAUAGCUGGCAAACCAAAAUGUAAAGAGUUAUGGACAAAAGAACAAAUACUAUGGCGUGCCAAGUGCCUACAUACAAGUGUACAAUACCAUAAUGGGCUUUUACCGUCUGAAAGAAAGAAACAAAAGACAAGAUAAUCAUGUAAAUAAAGACU